UCAGCAUCUGCAGGUGGGAAGAUGCCAUCCCUGGUUAAGUCGAUAUCGAGGUCAAGGUCGAGUUCGUCCGGCGAUGGAGGAUGUGAAUUCUCCACCAUACCAGUGAAACUUUCAGGCAAUGUAUUCAAAUGAUAUAUUUUAUUACAACAGAAAAGAAGAGAUGGUUUUUAUAUUAGAAUUAAGUAAGUAGAGUCAAAUUCAAUUACUUUCCAAAGAUGCUCUCAGGGGUUGUUUGGUUUCAUGAGAUUAAAUUUGAGAUUAUUAUUAAUCUUAAGAUGAAUCUAUACCUCAAACUUGUUGAUAUUAGUACCAAAAUUAAGAUGAAUCCAGAUACCUUUUGUCUGAACCAAACAACUCAUUACAGUCAAAUGAUAAACCCCACUAUAUAUAUAAGAGACCUAAACCCCAGUUAGCCCCAACACAAAGCUCUCUCUUCUCUGUUGUAGUAAAAUUUGAAUACAUCGCCUAAAAAUCACUGGUAAGAUGGCGAAUUCACAUCCUCCAUCGUUGGACGACCUCGACCUUGAUCUAGACAUCGACUUAACCAGGGAUGACAUCUUCCCACCUGCAGAUGCAGAUGCUGAUGCUGCCACCAUUCUCAACCCAAAAUCCCUCAAUGUUUCAAAAUCGAGUCAGAUUGACCCAAACCCAAAUGGAUUCGAUCAAUCCGGGAGUCAGCUGAUUGAGACCCGGGUUUUCAAGUCCUCGCCGGAGUUGGUCCAAACCCGAAUGGAUUCGGUCAAUAGUGAAGGAGAUGAAAAGAGGAAAUUAAGAAGGAUGAGGAAUAGGGAAAAUUCUCAGAUUUAUAGGCAAAGAAAAAAGGAUUACGUUGAGGAGUUAGAGGAAAAGGUGAGGAUAAUGGCUUCAACAAUCCAACAUUUAAAAUUGGAGAAUGCAGCUUUAAAGUCGCAGAUGGGCAGCACUGGUGUGCCUUCGCAGAUGCUGCUACCACCACCCCCUGGGAUGUAUCCUUGGAUGCCUUAUAUGGUGAAGCAACAAGUGCCUUUGGUUCCCAUUCCGAGGUUGAAACCACAAGGAAUGGCUCCUGCACCCAAGAGGAGUAAGAAAGUAGAGAAUACGGAGACCGAGAUGAAAACCAAGAAGGUUGCAAGCGUUACUUACCUUGGCUUGUUGUUCUUCAUGCUUCUAUAUGGUGGACUGAGAAGUGGGUACAAUGAAAGGCAACAUGGAAGGGUUUUCACCGUUGAUGGCCGAAUUAAUGACCAUUACCGCACUCCUGCUGAUGGGGAUAAAGAUAAAGCAAAGUCAACUAUUCAGCAAUGGUUCCUCGAAGGCGUUGCUGGGCCUAUGUUGAGCUCAGGCAUGUGUACUGAAGUCUUCCAGUUUGCUGUGUCUUCAUCUCCCGGAGUCAUCGUUCCUGCUGCAGCUGUUAGUAAUGUUUCUAUGGAACAGAAGAAGAAUGCUACACACACCAACAAGCGCAGAAAUAGAAGGAUCCUUGAUGGUCUUUCUGUUCCUGUUACGGGAGUUUCUCACGACGACAUAUCUGAAGAACAUGAGGGAAGAAGUGGAAAAAAAGAUGACCUUGCUGGAAAUAGUUCACGUUCUUCAAUGGUAGUCUCUGUGCUAGUUGAUCCAAUAGAGGCAGGUGAUGGAAUGAUUGGACAAAAGUCCACCUCUCGGAUUUAUGUUGUUGUAUUGAUAGAUAGUGUGAAGUAUGUAACCUAUUCUUGCAUGCUUUCUUUUAAAGGAACUGUUCCUCUAGUGUUGUAAAUGCAUCUUUACUGAUCCCUGAACAAUUUUGUAGAUUCAGGUGAAAUAUAGUGUUUACAC